AUGUUGGCAUUCAGAAGAAGUCCCAUUCCAAAACUUGCCUACCUUGGAGUAAGGCGUUUCUCAAAAACAGUGUUUUCCUGCAAUCGAUUGGCAAAUAUUUCUUCGCUGGGUGGCGACAAAACUGUCGAACAUAAUAUCAAAUCGGAAACUAAUCGACUUUCAAAAACAGGAAGUAGAUUUUGGGAUAAAGGGCGCGUAUUUCACAACCAUAGCACUGGCAGAUAUGAAAUACAACUAGAUGGGAAAACGUUGCGCACGCCGUUGGGCCUCCCCUUGACCUUGCCAGAGAGUAAGAAGCAAUUGGCUUAUCUCAUCGCACAUGAAUGGACGCAUUUGCCCAAAAUAUCAUUGAAAUCGAGUGCCUUACCAUUGACUGGAUUAGCAGCUAGAGCUAUUGAUUUGGAGUCGGCGGGAAAUCAAAAACAGAGUGACAAUGAUGGGGGUGAAGAAAUGCUUGCGAUCGAAGACUUGAAGCUAAGCAUGUUGAAAUAUCUCGACACUGAUACUUGUCUCAUAUUUGCAGGAGCAAAAGAUUGUGAUGGAAAAUUGAGAAAGAAACAGGAAGAGCUCUAUCGUCCUUUGAUUGAUGAGUACAAUGACUUUUUUACACAAUAUGGAUUGAGUAGAAACUUGCUCAAAGAGAAUGAGAGGAUCGAGUUGAAGUUUUUGGAUUGUGAAAAGGAUGGGUUGAGAGGAAACAGACAAACUUUGAAGACGCAGCAAGUAGUGGUUGAUUGGCUAGACCAAUUAGACAUUUUUGAAUUUGUUGCCUUAGAGAAAGCUAUCCUCACUACGAAAUCAUUUCUCUGUGCGGUGUCAGUUUUGAGAUCUAAUGUCUCUGAUGAAUCCAGAAUGAGUGAUGUAUUCCAAUUGAAUAGGAACUCGAAGGACUUUUUUUGGUACAAAACAGUUGAGGAGAUUAUAGAGUUGGGAAAUUUGGAGACAAUUCUACAAACUGGCGAGUGGGGAGAAGUUGAAGAUACACAUGACGUUGAGCAGCGUGACUGGUUGAGAAGCUUGACUAGUGCUGCACUCUUGAGUCAUUAG